AUGUCGAACAGCGACUAUCCCACCACUCCUAGCCGUAACCACUACGACGUGGUGAUUAUCGGUGGUGCCACCAGCGGCUCCUCCAUCGCAUGGCAUCUAAGCACAAAUCCCGACUUCAAAGGCUCAGUACUCGUCGUUGAGCGUGAUCCCUCGUUACAGUUCUCCGCCACCAAAGCCAGCAACAACUGCAUGCGACAGCAAUUUGCCACCGCUAUCAAUGUAAAGAUCGCACAAUAUGCCGCCGACUUUGUCAAACGCUUUGGGGCUGAAUUCCCACCAGAUGAAUGCGUGCCAGAUGGUCCUAUCCGCAACUUCGGAUACUUAUAUCUAUCCGACUCCACGGAGUUCACAGAGGUGCUAAAAAAGGAUCAGCAAUUGCAGGCCAGCUGCGGAGCAGGCACUCAGAUUAUUCUGAAGGCGGAUAUCAAGAACAAAUAUCCAUUCUUCUACACGGACGAUAUCGACAGUGGAAGUCUCAAUCUUAUAGACGAGGGUGCAUUCAAUGCCCUCGGCAUGGUGGAAUGGCUUCGCAAAACAGCCCGGCAAAACGGGGUCGACUAUAUUGGAAAUGAAGUGGUGGACAUGACCGUGGACGGGGAUAAGAUCUGUGACAUCACAUUGAAAACUGGAGAAAAGGUGACAGUAAGCACUCUUGUUAACGCCGCGGGCACUCGUGCCGCGACCGUUUCUCAACUAGCAGGCAUCGACCUGCCUAUUGAGGCCAGACGGCGGUACACCUACAUCUUCUCGGUCGACGAACCGCUCCCCCAGGACCUGCCAUUGACCAUCGAUCCAACCGGUGUCCAUCUCCGCUCGUACGGGGCAAAGGACUAUCUCGUCGGCUGCCCGCCCAUCGGACCAGACACAGCCGUCGAUGUCAAUGAUUUCAGCUUCGCGGAGAAUGCGUGGGAGGAGAAGAUUCUACCUAUAAUCACUCGUCGUGUUCCUCAGUUCGCCAGUGCACGGGUUACAAAUGCCUGGAUGGGCCACUAUGAGUUCAACAUAUUCGAUCAUAAUGCCAUCGUCGGCGCUCACGACAAGGUCAGCAACCUUUUCUUCUGCGUGGGCUUUUCUGGUCACGGAAGUCAACAGGCACCGGCCUGUGGGCGUGGUGUUGCCGAGUUGAUCGUUCAUGGAAGCUUUCAAACUCUUGAUCUGAGUGCGCUUUCAUACAAGAGGAUUGUGGAGAAUCGGCCUCUAACAGAGAGAGCGGUUAUCUGA